AUGCUGCAGACAUCUGAAUCCGUGUGCCAGCCGGUGCUCAACUUCGUCACCGAGGGUAGCUACCCGGAGGAGAAUGUUGUCUCCGCCGAGUUCCCCGUGACGGCUCUCGCGAAGGAAUUGGAGCUCAUCUCCAUGGCCCGCGAGCAAGUUGAGAAUGAGAUCAGCUCCCUCAGCAGCGAGAACACCUUCGACGCCGACGACUGGAUCAUCCAGGCCAAACAACUCCACGCCGAUAUUGAACGCUCGCGAGUGACCGCACGGGAGAUUGUUGCCCAACAUGAGCACACCAAACCUCUACAAGCCAAGGUUGAGGAUGCCAGUGCGAAAGUGGGAUUGAUCGAGACGGAAAUAGCCUUCAAUCAGGCUGUCGCAGAAACCCUGGAGGAAGUCCAACGACUGUGUCAACAGCUGGAGAGCGGGCGCGCUGCCCUUGUGAAUGGCCAGAUAACCACCGCGAUUGACCAAUUGGAGGCCACAAAUGCAGCCAUCGGAGGAGACUCGUUCUUUACGAACACGAAUGUGAUGAGCAUACUGUCCCUUGAAGUGUCGCGAUUGAGGCAGGAGAUUGAAGAGGCAUUACGUCUGCGCUGGAGUGAGCAGUUGAAGGUUGACCGGCAAAAAGGCGAGUUCCAGGUCACCAAGCAGGAGGGUGCAGACUCUCUAGAGAAUACAAUUGGUGCGCUGUCACGGCUGGAUAUUUUUACGUCCGCCAGUGAUCAGUUCCAAAAGGACAUCACCUUGGCAGUUAUUGAUCCAAUCUUGUUGCCUCGCAAAGACGGCACGAGCCAUGCUGUUGCUGUCACCGAGGCUGGUAUCCGCGUCGAGUCCGAGCCUUCAAAGGCAACUGUCACGGAAACCCUUAAUCGCAUGACGGAACUUCUGAACUACCUGCGACAGAACCUUCCCAUUUCUAUGUCAGCUGCUUUGUCUCAAUCGUUUAUUUCAGCUGUCUCUUCAAAAAUGAUAGUCGGCUGGCUGUCAUCUGCGAUCCCGACAGAUCUCAUUGGCCUGGAUGAAUUCGAGACUACCCUGGACCAGGUUUUGCAGUUCACAAAGACCCUUGAGUCUUGGGGGUGGAGCGGGCAAGAAGAGCUCGUUUCUUGGGUUAACCAAGCCCCUCGACUGUGGCUAACUCGUCGCCGGGUUGACUCACUUGACAGUGUACGCAAGGUCCUUGCGGCCAGCAAAGGAACUACAAAGCAAGUUGAGCGGGUGGAGAUUGAGAAGGUCUCUCAAGCUGAUGGGGCCUUGCUUGAGAAUGCCACGAACGACGAUUGGGAUGCGGGCUGGGAUGACGAGAAGCAAGAAUCACCUGCUGAGCAAACGAAAGCCGGUCAACCCGAAGAAGAUGAUCAUCUUGAUGCAUGGGGAUUGGACGAAGACGGUCAGGAGGAGACCAAGCCAGAUGCCCCAGCCCCAACCGAAGAGGAUGCAGAUGACGCCUGGGGUUGGGGAGAUGACGACGAGGAUGGGAAGGGUGUAAACCCCCAACCAUCACAGCGCGCCGCAGAAUCGAAGCCUGCGAAUGGAGCAAGCCCUAGAGAGGUCACUUUGAGGGAGGUCUAUACGGUUACCGAUAUCCCGGAUUCUGUCCUCAAGAUAAUUCAGCAGCAGAUCGCAGAUUCCGAGGACAUUUCCCGGCCACCACACUUCAAUUCUCGCGUUUCUUCAUCCGGCACUGGUCUGCUGGCAUUGCCAACGCUGAUCCUGGCGAUGUUCAAGGCAACCUCGUCCACCUUCUAUUCACUGAAGCUCAACUCGGGGCAGAUGUAUCUUUACAACGACAGCCUCUAUCUUGCCGGUUUAAUUCGGGAGCUGAUGGAAGAGCACGGCCUUUCCAGGCUGGGUUCCGACGUGGAAGCUCUUGAGAAGUUCGGCAAAUUUGCUUACAGCAAAGAUAUGCAAACGCAGAGCACCAUUGUGACAGACCUUCUCGAUGGUGCGCAAGGGUUUAGCCAAUGCUCAGAUCAGCCGUACAAAUCUGAGUGUGAGAACGCUGUCAGUGCGACUGUUGACCGAAUUCGCGAUGUCUACAAAGAGUGGCAGCCCAUUCUGUCGCAUUCCGCACUGCUACAGUCCAUUGGAUCUCUGCUGUCUACGGUGGUCAGUAAGAUCAUUAUCGAUGUCGAGGAUCUGGGCGACAUUUCUGAAGAUCAGUCCAAGCAACUGGUGUCGUUCUGCAACCAGGUGUCCAAGUUGGAGGAUCUCUUCAUGCCCGACACUACCGACGACGCCGAAGCUCUACCAGUUACUGCCGUGUACGUACCGAACUGGCUUCGAUUCCAAUACCUGGUCAACAUCUUGGAGAGCUCCCUAGCCGAUAUCAAGUUCCUGUGGCUGGAGGGCGAAUUAGGUCUAGAGUUCUCUGUUGACGAGGUCGUCGAUCUCAUCGAAGCACUGUUCGCGGAGUCCGACCAUCGUCGCCGUGCCAUUUCCGAGAUUCGACGGGCUCCUCGGGGAUAA